AUGCCCACUGAGUCUUUGCAGCAUCUGCGCCACCGCAGUACGAUACUGAGCGUCGAGAUUGGCGUCAAUUUCAUCAAAGAGGUAAAAGGGCGCGGGAUCGCAUUUUUGGAUUGCGAAGAUGAGAGCGAGGGCGCAGAGCGACUUUUGGCCGCCGGAUAA